AGCCGCCGCCGAAGAGGCUCCGUGGACGGGGCCGGAGCAGGAGCAGCUGCGGGCAGAGCUGAGUGGAAAAAGUAGAUACUAUUUGGACUCCUCACUGUAUUCUCAGCUGUCACUCAACGAGGGACACUCCAUCACACACACAGAAACAUCAAGAAGCACUUUCUGUGUCAUUCUUGUUAGAUGUGGAUCAGCUUGAGGAAAUAUCACUGAAGCUAAGUACAGACAGUCAAAAAGCCCAAGGCUGAAUCAGUUAAAUCUUUACAGGUAGAAGGAAUUGAAAACAACUAUUUUGGCUGUUUGAAGAUGGAAAACAACAUAACUACUAUUUCUCGUGAAGAGCUGGAAGAGCUAAGAGAAGCAUUCAAUAAAAUAGAUAUUGACAGUAGCGGGUAUGUAAGCGAUUAUGAGCUUCAGGAUCUCUUUAAAGAAGCAAGCCUUCCCUUGCCUGGCUACAAAGUGCGAGAGAUCAUAGAAAAAAUUAUAGCUGUGACAGAUAGCAACAAGGAUGGGAAAAUCGAUUUUGAAGAAUUUGUCUCAAUUAUUCAGGAACUGAAAAGUAAAGAUGUUAGCAAAACAUUCCGAAAAUCAAUAAACAAGAAACAGGGUAUUACAGCAAUUGGAGGAACUUCACCAAUUUCCAGUGAGGGGACCCAGCAUUCUUAUUCAGAAGAAGAAAAGGUUGCUUUUGUUAACUGGAUAAAUAAAGCUCUGCAAGAUGACCCGGACUGUAAGCAUCUCCUUCCCAUGAAUCCAUCAAAUGAAAGUCUUUUUAAAUCACUUGCAGAUGGUAUCCUACUUUGCAAAAUGAUUAACUUAUCACAACCAGAUACAAUUGAUGAAAGGGUUAUUAACAAGAAGAAACUCACGCCUUUCACUGUUUCUGAAAACAUAAACCUUGCCCUAAAUUCUGCAUCAGCUAUUGGCUGUACAGUAGUCAACAUUGGAUCACAAGAUCUACAAGAAGGGAGACCACAUUUGGUAUUAGGACUCGUGUGGCAGAUCAUUAAAGUUGGUCUUUUAGCUGAUAUUGAGCUCUCCAGAAAUGAAGCUCUUAUUGCUUUGCUAAAUGAAGGGGAAGACCUGGAGCAGUUACUGAAACUUUCGCCAGAAGAGCUGUUGCUGCGCUGGGUAAACUACCAUCUGUUGAAUGCAGGAUGGCAGGAAAUAAACAAUUUCAGUCAGGACAUUAAGGAUUCAAGAGCCUACUACCAUCUGCUGAAUCAGAUUGCACCCAAAGGAGACGAAGAUUAUGGAAUUCGCAUUGCCAUUGACCUUUCAGGGUUUGAUGAGAAAAGUGAUCUGAAGAGAGCUGAACGCAUGCUUCAGGAAGCAAACAAACUGGGCUGCAGACAGUUUGUUACUCCAGCUGAUGUGGUUGCAGGCAACCCUAAACUUAAUUUGGCUUUUGUUGCAAAUCUCUUUAAUACAUAUCCAGCCCUACACAAGCCUGAUAGCUCUACUUAUGACCCCAAUUUAAUAGAAGGUGAAAGUAAAGAAGAGAGGACCUUCCGAAACUGGAUGAAUUCUUUGGGUGUAACUCCAUAUGUUAACCACUUGUACAGGGAUCUUUCGAAUGCCUUAAUAAUUUUCCAACUAUAUGAGAUGAUUUGUGUGCCAGUAGACUGGAACCAGGUCAACAAACCUCCAUAUCCUGCACUUGGUGGUAACAUGAAAAAGAUUGAGAAUUGUAAUUAUGCAGUGGAACUUGGGAAGACAAAGGCCAAAUUCUCCCUAGUUGGUAUUGGUGGACAGGACUUAAAUGAGGGCAAUCGAACUCUGACCUUGGCAUUGGUAUGGCAACUGAUGAGAAGGUAUACUUUGAAAGUACUAUCAGACCUUGGAGAAGGGGAAAAAGUAAAUGAUGAAGUUGUUAUUAAAUGGGUUAAUCAAACACUUGCAAAUGCAAAGAAAAAAACCUCAAUUACCAGCUUCAAGGACAGUUCUAUUAGUACUAGUUUGCCUGUCCUAGAUUUAAUAGAUGCCAUUGCACCAAAAGCAAUUCGUCAAGAAAUUGUCAAGAGAGAAGAUCUUUCUGAUGAAGACAAAUUGAAUAAUGCUAAAUAUGCCAUUUCGGUUGCUCGAAAGAUUGGUGCCCGCAUAUAUGCCCUACCAGAUGAUCUGGUAGAAGUGAAGCCAAAAAUGGUUAUGACGGUGUUUGCGUGCUUGAUGGGGAGAGGACUGAACAAAGCAAUAUAGCAAAGAUAUUUAAUAGUAUUUUUCCUGCCAUGCUAAUAAGUAUGAUGAAUGCCUCACAGUUUACAGAAUUCGGAAGUUUUAAUGGGUGCAAAACCAGAGAUAAAUUUGUAUGCUCAAGUACAGAUAGAUAAUUAAUUACAUUUUAAUAACUUGUUUAUAUUUAGUUAAGGUUUCAUAAAAUAUGAUUUAUUUAUGGGUUAAUCCUUUAUCCAGAAUACGUGCAUUACCACAUUAAGAUUACAUUGCUGUAUUGCUUUUUUUAAACAAAAAAAGUCUUGUACAUCAAUUCUAGCUUGUACUGUUUUCAUAGCGUGAAAAAGAUCCCCCGCUUUUAAAAUACUGUUUCAGGAUCUGCUGUGACAUGAUUUGAUUUUUGUGGGUGUUAUUUCCAUGUGGUCAUAUUUGUGCACAAGUGCAUUCCAACACUAUUGUAAUCUCCCAAACUGCACAAAAAUCAGCAUGUACCUCGAUAGGUCUGAUCCAAUUCCUGUUGAAGUCGAUCAGAGUCUUGCCACAGAGGUUAGUGAGGUCAGUCUGUGAUUUUGUGUGGAAUUUACAGUGAUAUUUCUCAUAAAAUUGUUCAAUGUUUUGAAUGGGAACAAGCUCUUAGAUGUAUGUGAUAGUCUGUUUUCUUAAAAAGCAAGAAUACAUUCACCAAAGUGAAGAAUAAAUUAUUUUUAUGACUUCUAAUUUAAGAAAGAAACAGAAAAUAGUACACCAAAAUGUAACAAUGUCAUUAUUAGAAUAUUUGCAUAGACUUAACCAUUGCAGUUGGAAAAAAUAGGGGAAAUUUCAUAAAGUAUUCUAUAAAAAAUCAGUAAAGAUAGCAGGCCAGCCCAGUUUGGGGACUUGCCUUAAGUGUAACAUUUUUUAAAUAUGCAUCUGUCUGUCUGUCAUUGCUUUUUAUGCUGGAAACUUAUAAACUGUACUGGCUUCUGGCAGUAAAGCUGUAUUUCUUAAUAUGACUCUGAAAUAUGCAUUUGUAUUCUUGUUCUGUAGUUAUAAAUUUUAAUCAAAAACUGGAAUCUUUAACUUUAAUAAAAGUAAUUUUUAAGAUGAGCCAAAUGAGAUUGAAAUUCUGAACUAAAUCCUCAGUAAAUAUAGAGUCAAAAAUAUAUAGAAAAGUCAUUUUAUCUGACAAAAACUGAUAUACAAACAUUACAAGCAACUCAAAGGCUAGAAAUAGAUAUUGCCAAAUUAAGUAGAUCAGCCGUGCUAGGAAGUGUCCAGGCACAACUGAUCUGCUUCACUGUGGGAAAACGCAUUUUCCUGUCAACUGAUCUUGUGGGACAACAGGCAACCUGUUCCCCACUUAGAGAUGCAUCCACCAUGCUCCCCGUGUCAAAUUCACUCCAGUGCCAUCCUAGGGCUGGGACCACCAGUUAGGAUGGCACCAAAGUGUCAACUGCUUCUCCUCUUUGACACAAAGAAGAAAUAUGGCUUCUGUCUUUAGUGCAUAAGAGGAUUCUGGAGAGUUCAGAAAAUUAGAAAUGGGCUACAGAACCUUUGUGUGUGUUCUGCUAAUUCACAUAUACCUCCAGACUAUAAUAUGAAGCUAUUUGCGUGUGAUAAUUACCAGAUUUCUACCAUUAGUUCCAG